CCGCUGUGGGCCUGGGGCGGCGGGACACGGAGGGGAUGGGGGCCGGGACAGCGAGACAUUGGGAUCGAUCCCCCGGCCCCACGGAACCCAUGGGGGGAAGGGGGCACCGUGACCGACCCCAGACAGGACACCAAGACUGACCUCGAGGGGGACACUAAGCCCAAGCCCUUGGACUCCCCAGAGACCGGAGGGGGCCAAAGGGGACCCCGGGAUGGACCUCCCCGAUCCCGGGAUAGACCCUCCGGAGCCCUCGGGGGUCUGGCCGCUUGCUCCCUGCCCCACACUUGGGGGGACUUAGGGGCAGCUUCCCUUAGGGGACGAAGGUGGGGAGGUUGGGAGCUGCUGAGCUCCCCCAUGUGCCCCCCGAGCCCCCCCGUAUCGCCUUCCUGCGGGGGUGGAGGUGCGAGGCAGGAAGGGGCCUGGGGAGCCGCGGUGGUCUGUUUCAAGGCGUUUUGGGGUUUUGGUCCCCCACAGCCCCACUAUAAAAGGUGUCAGGAUGCAGGCAGUCACCCACUGUCAGUCACCUGCUGUCACCGGCUCGGUGGGCUCACCAUGGCUGCCGCCUUCCUCCUGGUGCUGGUGGUAGUGGGAGCAGCACAGGCCGUGGUCCCCCCGCCCUGCCAGGGUGACCCAAUGUCCUGGUGCUGGGACAUGGCCAUGGCCAUACACUGUGGCCAGGAGCAGCAGUGCCAGGACCUCUGGGACAGCCUGGCCCUGGGGAAUGUGGCUGAAGGGGAUGACAUGGCUGACGGGAGUGACGUGGCUGAUGGGGACAGCGUGGCGCAGGGCAGGGGGAUUAAGUGCAGGCUGUGCACCAAGGCCCUGAAGAAGAUACUGGCACUGGCAGGUGACGACCCUGACAAGGCGGCGGUGGUGGCGGCGCUGCAGAAGGGCUGCCAGGCACUGGGCCGGACCAAGGGCAAGCUGUGCCAGCAGCUGGUGAAGAAGUACCGGGACCAGAUCACCGAGGCGCUGCAGAAUGGGGACACGCCCCGGGACAUCUGCACCGCCAUGGGCAUCUGCCGGUCCUGAGCGUGGUUAGGGCCCACCUAUAUCCUGAUCCUGCAUCCCAUGGGCUGAUCCUGCACUCUGCAUUCUGCAUCCUGUGUCCUGCACCCCACAUCCCGAUCCUACGCUUGGGGUUCCUGAACCUUCCCUGCUGCAGCUCUGUAGGGUGGGGGUGAGCCAGGUCACCCCAAAGUGCGUUGCGGGGCAGGGGGAAGGCUGGAGGAGCUGCUUCUGCUGGCCCCCGACUCACCCCUUGCUUUUUCCUUUUUCCACAGGCACAGCCCCGAAUGCCCCCAAACCCCGAUGCUCUUCCAGCCUCUGAUGCCCCCACAGCCCAGCCAUCCCCUUCCCACACAAUAAAGUCCCUCCUCUGGC